AAAAAUUCCGCCGCUUUGACAAACCAACAUGGCGGCAAUCAAGGCACUAAAUCCGAAAGCAGAAGUUGCAAGAUCGGCCGCUGCUUUGCAUCUUAACAUUACAGCAGCUAGAGGUCUUCAGGAUGUUCUUAAAACAAAUUUGGGUCCCAAAGGGACAAUGAAAAUGUAAGUAAAAACUCGCUUGCUUGCCUCUAAUUUAACUUUAAGACACGUGCUUUUACAUGUCAACUCUCGAGGGGUCGUCAAGCGUGCAAAGAGUUGUGUUGUGCAGAAAAAUGUUGCCAUUGAAAAAAGUUCUUUUAAUUGAUUUCCUUUUCGUCGUUCUCGAUAAAGGUCAAUGACGUUUUUCCUCCUUGUAAAUAUUAAAAAGGGAGUGUCAGGUGAACUUUCCAAGUGCGAUGCAAAGGUUUGAAUUUUUAAAACAUGUUUUCCCAUGUCCUAGCUUUUUAGCAGGGUUAUGAACUGUAGCAGGGCCUUUAGCGUCUCCUGUAUUUGUAAUGUCGCUUUUCUCGUUUUAGAAUACUGAAUUUAGAUAUGAGCAAUGGAAUUCUAUGCUACCGACUAAUCGGUGUCAGCUGUGUGAUUUGCUUGACAGCAACACCUUUUCUUCUCUCUCUGUUAAUGCAUAGUUCAAUUUGUCCUCUUGCCAUGCCCCCCCAGGCACAUUCCUGGGGAUUUGCAAAUUUUUUCUUUCUUGGUGGUCUAUUCCCCACCCCCAGGCACACAAAGAGAAACAAUUCCCCAUCCCCGAACUCCUGAUCCAGGGUUUUCACAGUCUUGAAAAGUCCUUGAAUUUUAGGGGAAGGCCUUAAAAAGUCGUUGAAUUCCAUUUUUCCUUGAAAACUCCUUAAAUUUCUGUGCAAGUUCUUGAAAAGUCCUUGAAUUUUGUUCAACUUUGAAUGUAGUGGCCUGGAAAGUGUUUUUUGGUGCGUUUUGGUUGUCCAAGACAGAAUAUAAAGUAGCGUAGAGAAUUUGAAGGUUAUUUAUGUAAAGUGCUCAAUGUUUUAUGCAAUAAUUAACUAUCAAUUUAAGACAAGUGACCUAAGGACAGCCAAUAAUGCACAGAACACCCAACACAAAUUAGGGGUUGCGUUCUCGUACCUUGAAUGCAAAAACAAACAUUAACAGUGAAACAGGCAUACAAAGAAAUGUGACAAAUGAACAGAAAAGAGGAAAUACUUUAAGGUUCUGCAUGUAUGAUUGCAUAAUAUUUCAACACACUGUCCCAUGUAAUAACAUGACAAAAAAUCAUAGAUAAAAGAUAGUUAAUUGACGUGUACACGCGAUGUUUCGGCAAUGCUGCCUUGGUCAUGGAAAAUGUAUGUCAAUCCCUUAUCACGUAACUUGCGAGAAGACUUUAACUUUUCAAAAUGUGCAUGUAAAAAUAGAGAGGAGUGUGUGACCACAAGUCAUAUGAAAGUGAACUCUUGGUUGAGUCCACCUGUCUAUAAAGUGUCAAACUUAUUGAUAGGGUAUAUCUCCUUGCAUUUUGCUGUUGUUCAGGGAGACCGGCUCUUAUGCUGCCACUUACGUAUCGUUUAACUUGAGGUCUCUCCUCGCAAAAUGGGCAGCCAUUGCUGCACCAGUAUCUUCUUGAUUUAAAGCAGGUGUUCCCAAAACUGGUUGUCAAGUCUACGGUCUAUGCAAUGUACAUGUAUUCUUGGUUUUCACAUGACAUCACCAAAGUUCAAACUAAGAAACUCUUGAUUCAUCUAAGUUUCUACUUUCAUGAGGUAUUACAGCACCUACACACCUUUAUUUAAUCAAAUUUUCGGUUUGAACAAGUUCUUCAUUUUGGGAUAGAGGAUGUUUGAAUUUCCAGGCUUUUGCAUGAUGUGGCAUUCAGCUGGCGGCAGAGAAAGCUCUUAAAAAUGUUUUAUUUUGGAAAUUGAGAAUCAACCAAAUUUAAAUCAAACUUGACGUGAAAUCAAAUUCAACCUGUAACAUAUACAAUCCCAUUUUGUUGUUUUUUCACUGAUUAAAUAAAAUUGUUCUCUUUUUAUGGUAGGUUAGUGUCAGGAGCAGGAGACAUAAAAUUAACUAAAGAUGGAAAUGUUCUUCUUCAUGAAAUGGUGGGUGGAAACUGAAUAUGGCCUUUUGGCAAUUAACUAUUCAAUUAUUUAUUAUUGCUAUGGAAAUUGUAUGAUGAAGGAUGGCUUUUGACUGAAAUAUUUCAAAACAGUUUUCAUUUAGUAAUACUGCACUAACCAUUUUACUUGAGUCGAAGAGAGUAUAGAGUUAGCAAAUCAGUCAUGAGUUUUUAACAGAGAUUGAUCUACAGUAUAAGGAUCCCAAACAGUUAUGUUAUUAUUUGUACCGCUCUGUAACUCUGAAUAAUGUCAUUGUUUUUCUUUAUAGCAAAUUCAACAUCCAACAGCAUCCUUAAUUGCCAGAGUUGCUACUGCUCAGGUAUUGUCUGCUUUCUGUUAUCAACUUUAUUACAGUUUAAUGUACAAAGAUCUAAAAUUAUGAAAAAUGCUUAUGAAUUCCACCCAUUGCUCAAUCCUUGUCAAUUUUUUCCGGUAGGGUUGGAUGUCACUUGUCUCUCAAUAGUCCCCCUUGUUUUUGAUUGUUAUGUUUUGACUGCAUCCUGCUUAGGCGAUGGUGAAGAUUUACUGAGCUGUGCUACACAGCACACCACUGAGGGAACGGUUUUAUACACUCCAUGUAGUAAUGCAAACUGAGUAUUGAACAUACCACCCUUAAGUGAGGUUCAUAAUACCCCAAUCACAAUUAACCAUGGUGUUGCUAAUAGUUAACACAUUGUAGCUCAGUAAAUCAGCAACGUCACCUGAUGAAGACCCACAAUUCGUGGUUGAAACAUUGCAAUCAAUAGUAAAAUGACUAUCAUGAGACAAAAUGAUGGUAAAUAAUAAUACCAAUAUAAAUAAUAUAUUUCAUUAUAUUAUGUUAUUGUCAAUUUUUGCCUACAACUCAUUUCCCCCUGGUCCAAAAUCAGCAGAGUUUAUGGUGUUCAAAUAAAAAAUAUCUCAGCAGGUAUUUACAUCAGCUUAGAAUGCUAUACCUCUUUUGAAAGGGCAGAAAGCAUACUUUCCCGAAAAAUUUUUUUACUUUAUACCAACUCAUAAUAUUUCACGGAAAAAUUAACAAACAUUUGUAUUUAUUAAAAUUAUGGAAUCAUUCUGAUUGAAAAAUUAAGUUUUGCACAGUAGUAUUUGGCUUGAGGAAAAAACUUAAAAACAGACGUUCUUCUUUGAUGUCUGAGCAAAACAAUCUGCUUAUGUGUUACAAUUUUUUUUCGUGAUACUAUCAGGUUAUGCAAAUUAGUUAAAUAAAUACUCAUUUACACAGUGCAAUUCUACUCUAAGCGUGAUUUGUUUAUUAUGGAGUGAGAUGACAAAAACUGUAAUAUUAGCAACUUCUUUUUUAGAAAUUUCAAUCUCUGAACUCAGGAACAUCUGUUCAAAGACAGAUUUCAGGAGAAAAAACGGGCUUUUUGUGAUUAAAAGCCAAACUGAGACCUAUUUUAUUACAUUUAAAAAGCACAUGGCUGGCAACACUUUUUUGAGACACUAAGAUUUUCACUGAUGGUUUGCCUCAAUUUUUGCGGUCAUUCAAAAGCUGAGAAGCCAAAUGACAUCCAAAUCUAUUGUAAAGCGUACCAAUAGUCCAAAUUCGUUGCCAAAAGCAUUUCUUGAUCACUAAAAGCAUUGUAACCUUUUCAGCCAUUUGCCAGCCAUUUUUUACCGUUUUCAGGAACAAACUGAAACUAGUCAGGUAAAUGGCUCAAACAGUCUACUCCCUGUGUGGCACAUUUGGCAGCGAUCAAAAUUAACACAAAUUUUUCAGAAUUUUUCCUUAUCGAUCUGACCCAGGGGAAAUGAGUUAAAGCUCAAAGUAAAUUGUGGUUUUCAGCUUCUUCGUAAUUUAUUGUAUUCCAGGAUGAUAUAACUGGAGAUGGCACGACAUCGAAUGUGCUAAUAAUAGGAGAAUUAUUAAAACAGGUUGGUCAUUUCCAGGACAAUUUAUAUUAUUUUAACUUUUAUGUUAAACCUAUGGGUAUGAGAUAACAUUAUAUUAUUACAUGUACAUCUAUGUUAAAUUUUUAAGUAAAUUAGCUAACUUAAGUUUUGUAACUUACUUUAUUUAAAAUUCUUAAGACUGUAAGCUGUGUAUCCAACUCAGUUAGAGGGGAUCUGGUACUUCGUGAACAAAGCAUAUGUUGUAGUUAAUUUUUUAUCUCAGGUAAUUUAUAUUUUUCCUUUGUUUCAACUUCAUUAUCAUAUAUUACCAUAACCAAAAACAAAAGAAAAACAAAAAUUACCUGAGAUAAAAAAUUAACUGGACCAUGUACAUUUAGCCUCAUGAUUAGCACUUGUGCCAGAUAAUAAUCUGUGCAUGUCAUCCUUCAGCAACAUAUUUAAAAGUAAGAUAAUGGAUGAGGCCUUUAACUGCUGUGAUUAAAAAUAAAAGUUUAAAUCUGAGCUUACGGCGAUCGACAGCAUCAUCAGGGAUAAGAAAGGACAGAUUUAAAAGCUUUGAAACUUUAAUAAAAUAUUAAUCAUCGUCAUCAUCUACAACAUUAUAUCUAAAUCAUCAUUGUUCUCUGUUUUCAUUAGAUAAUGUAUUAUUAAGAUAUCAUUAUUUUUGUAUUUCUGUAUUGAAUGGUCUGAAGUGUGACUCAUAUUGGUUUUGUCUGUCCCCUUAGGCUGAUCUAUACAUAUCCGAGGUAUGCAUUUGUUAGUGUCAUUGAUUUCUAUUCUUGCUGAGUUUUCAAUGGAUACAGUGAAACCACUAUAGUUCAUCUUUCUCUUCAGGGUUUGCAUCCUCGUCUUGUAACAGAAGGAUUUGAAUUAGCAAAGAAAAAAGCUCUAGAGGUUAGUAUUGUGUCAUUCCUGAAAAUAUCCUCCCCCCCCCCCACCAUAGAUGGUCUUUCAGAUAGACCCCCAGCCUAUGUGGAAUUUCCUAUCCAGGGGGUCUUGUAUACCCCCACCCCCUUGGCAGGAUUCCUGCCAAGACCAAGAUUCUAGCCAAGAAUCUCGGUAAGAAUCUUGGCAGGGAUCUUGGCAAGCAUCUUGACAAGAAUGUUGGCAAGAAUCUUGGUAAGAAUCUUCGCAGGGAUAUUAGUAAGAAUCUUGGCAGGGAUCUUGGCAAAAAUCUUGGUAAGAAUCUUGUCAAGAACCUUGGCAGAAAUCUUGGCAAGAAUCUUGGCAGGGAUCUUGGCAGGAAUCUUGGUAAGAAUCUUGGCAGGGAUCUUGGAAAGAAUCUUGGCAUGAAUCUUGGUAAGAAUUUUGGCAGGAAUCUUGGUAAGAAUCUUGGCAGCAAUCUUGGCAGGAAUCUUGGCAUGAAUCUUGGUAAGAACCUUGGCAGAAAUCUUGGCAAGAUUCUUGGCAGGGAUCUUGGCAGGAAUCUUGGCAAGAAUCUUGGUAAGAAUCUUGGCAGGGAUCUUGGCAAGAAUCUUGGAAAGAAUCUUGGCAUGAAUCUUGGUAAGAAUCUUGGCAGGAAUCUUAGUAAGAAUCUUGGCAGCAAUCGUGGCAGGAAUCUUGGCAGAGAUCUUGGCAGGAAUCUUGGCAAGAAUCUUGGCAUGAAUCUUGGCCAGAAUCUUGGCAGAAAUCUUGGCAAGAAUCUUGGCAAAAAUCUUGGCAUGAAUCUUGGCAGAGAUCUUGGCAGGAAUCUUGGCAAGAAUCUUGGUAAGAAUCUUGGCAGGGAUCUUGGCAAGAAUCUUGGAAAGAAUCUUGGCAUGAAUCUUGGUAAGAAUCUUGGCAGGAAUCUUGGUAAGAAUCUUGGCAUGAAUCUUGGUAAGAAUCUUGGCAGGAAUCUUGGCAGGAAUCUUGAUAAGAAUCUUGGCAGCAAUCUUGGCAGCAAUCUUGGCAGAGAUCUUGGCAUGAAUCUUGGCCAGAAUCUUGGCGAGAAUCUUGGCAUGGAUCUUGAUAAGAAUCUUGGCAGCAAUCUUGGCAGGAAUCUUGGCAGAAAUCUUGGCAGGAAUCUUGGCAAGAAGCUUGUUAAGAAUCUUGGCAGGAAUCUUGGUAAGAAUCUUGGCAGCAAUCUUGGCAGCAAUCUUGGCAAGAAUCUUGGCAGGAGUCUUGGCAAAAAUCUUGGCAUGAAUCUUGGUAAGAAUCUUGGCAGGAAUCUUGGCAGAGAUCUUGGCAGGAAUCUUGUUAAGAAUCUUGGCAGGAAUCUUGGCAGAGAUCUUGGCAUGAAUCUUGGCCAGAAUCUUGGCAAGAAUCUUGGCAUGGAUCUUGGGAACAAUCUUGGCAAGAAUCGUGGCAAAAAUCUUGGCAGAAAUCUUGGCAAGAAUCUUGGCAAGAAUCUUGGCAUGAAUCUUGGCAGGAAUCUUGUUAAGAUUCUUGGCAGGAAUCUUGGAAGGAAUCUUGGCAAGAAUCUUGACAGGAAUCUUGGUAACAAUCUUGGCAGGGAUCUUGGCAGGAAUCUUAUCAAGAAUCUUGGCCAGGAUCUUGGCAAGAAUCUUGGCAGGAAUCUUGGCAAGAAUCUUGACAUGAAUCUUGGCAAGAAUCUUGGUAAGAAGCCUGGCAGGAAUCUUGGCAAGGAUCUUGGCAGGAAAUGCGGCCGGGAAUCUUGGACGGAAAUCUCGGCAAGGCCCUGAAUUUAAUUGUACCCCACAAUCUCACCACCGUGAACACAUAGAACAGGCUAUUGUAACAUUUGUGCUGGGAGGAACUUUUUACAUCAGGCGCCUUUUUCAUGACCAGUAAAUGUUCAUGUAACUUUUAAAAGGCUCAAUCUUGCUUAACCUCUUCAUUUGCUUAAAAACUCUCUUUGCGCUACCAUGCCGUAUAACAUGACUUUAACAUGCUAUGAAGCGUGUCAUUUAGCAUGCUGCUGGAGGGGUGCAUGUGCUUAGACCCCCUAGAUGCUAUGACCCUAUGGGCCUUCAAAACCUGGACAAUUACCAUGUAUUACCCAGCUAAGAGUGAUAUGUUCAACCUAUUGACAGCCCUGUCUUGUGUAGAGAAUGUUGCAAGAUCUUGAAAGAAUCUUUUCCAGAUUCUCAGGAUCUAGUAACAAUCCUAUGGCAAGAGUCUUGUGUCAAGAAACUUACAAGACCUUGUAAGAAUCUUGUGUCAAGAAUCUUGUGUGAUCUUGUAAGAAUCUAGUGUCAAGAAUCUUACAAGUUCAUGAUUUGUGUCAUGCCAAUUGACAAAAACUGGAUGGGACCAGAUUCGAUUGGACUGUCAAAAGUUGGAUUGGAUUGGAUUAAAAUAAAUAACUUUCAGGAUUGGACCAGACUGUUCUUUUGAGCACAAGUGGAUAUUUUGGAAAGAAAGUUUAAAGGAGAUGAGGGUUACAUUUUUAGUCAUAAUCUCUGCUCUCUUUCCUUCCUUUGAGGGGCUAUCUGGUGCUAUUUGAUAUCUCUUUGAAAAACAAGAGUCUCUUUGCAUUAACUAAAUUCCAAGAAUUGGAAUUGUGCCAAGAAUCUUUCAAAAUACAACAAAAACCACUCAAUAACAAUUUGUUUUUAUUUUUUCAGUUUACCUUACAGUGUACAGUAUGACUAAACAGAAAUUGUCUGCUUUGACGGUUUUAACAAAAGAUAAAUGUUCACAAAAACAAAAACUGGCCAGAAUCUCUGUUGGUAAUUUUUCACUUUUCAUUAUUUAUGGCUGAUAUGUAUUCCUGGGCUGAUUUGUUUGAAUAUCAUUAUUUUAUCCACAGACUCAAAAGUGAGAAUUAAAUGUACAUACCUUCCAGUAAUUUGUGAACACUUAGUGGUGUGGUAAGAAUAAUAAGCAACAUGCUGAUCUUGUUUCAUUAUUUAUUUAAGGUUUUAGAGGAUAUAAAAGUUACCAAGAAAAUGGACAGAGAUACACUUAUAAAUGUAGCAAGAACCUCCCUGAGGACAAAGUUACACUCUGAACUUGCAGACUUGCUGACAGAGGUGAGAAGGAUCAUUACAGUCGGGACCAUGACUAAGAUGUAAUGUCCUUAAUACAAGUGAAAGUGUGUAUUGGUAGGGUGGAAGAAAAAUUUCCUUAGCAUAGAUAAUAUUUGCAUUAGCUGGGUAUCAGGCAUUUGUAUUAACAACAAGGUGAACUGGUGUGCACCAAAGGAAUAGUACAUCCAAUGAAAGUAAUGUUCCAAAAAUGACUGAAAAGUAUUUUAAAAAAUUUGUGUUUGAAUGUUCAAAAUUGCUAGUAAGUAAGUAAAGCCUUUAUUUAACCCAUUCGCCCCUGAACCGCCCGUAACCUCCCGUGCGGAUCCAGGUCCUUUCUACCCAUUGUGACGUCAUCAGUUUUAACGGUCAAGGACAACUUUCUUCACUAACUUGUGCAGAGUGAAGAGAUCUUUCAAACCAUACCAGAAUGAGCACAAUUCAGUCAAGGACACCGGUGAAACAAGCAGAAAACCACGUGACAUUGACCUGAAAAUUUCCAUGAAAAUCUUGUUCCAUUACCCACCUACCUUUCCUUUCACCUAAUCCUAAGAUCCUAAAAGCUUUCCUAAAAACUCUUCCCACCAAAAUGAAGCCUACUAAAUGCCCAACAAGAGAAAAAAAAAUGAGGCAAGAAAAGCGAAAAAAGAAGGGAGGAGAGAAAGCGAAAAGUAAAAGUCAAGACUGCUGUGUCACUUUUAAACCCAAAAACUAUCUCGAAAUUUUGCUUUCUGCGCAUGCCCGAACUUCGCAAGUUGAUAUUUUGCAUCUGGAUCACAAGGCCACGAAGUGUUCGACCUGUAAACCAGUUUGUGGUAAGUUUUAGCUCUUUAUAGAACGACAGUGAGCAGAAAACCACUCGACUAGCUUCAAAACGCGUUUUUCGGCAAAAUCUCCAGGAGCGAAUGGGUUAAAGAGGGUGGCACCUAAUAGCCAAAGGCUAAUAAACUUGUGGCCCUCAUAAAAUACACAACUAUUUACAAUGUAAUAAAUAUUGUAAACUAACAUAUAUAAACAUUUAAGGUGGCUCGACUGGAUUUUUUGGGGAUGAUACCUCCCAACUUUGAGCAUUAACUACGUCGGCAUGAGUAAAGAUAUGGAAAAAAGGUUACCACAACUGUAUUAUAUAAAGAUGAAAAUUUCUUAUGAUCUGGGUUAUAUUGCAAUCGGAGUCGCCAUGACAACGUAAUGACGCCUUUAUGUUUUUCAUUUAUCUUUGUGUUUCUCUGUUCCAAGAGUUUUUUGAUGAAAUUGCUUAAGGGAGUAUGUACCUGCUAUAAUUGCCUCCAUUAUGGCGUAGUUUGAACAAAUUCUAUGAGAGCGUUUUCGAAAUAUUUUGGAAUGUAGUUUUAAGAAUGAUAAAAACAGUGAAAUAGCAUGCUAGCCACACAAUUCGCUAAUAUUUUAAGAAAAUGAUAAGCCUUGGGAACGAGGCUUCAUCUCAUAGUGGUUUGACUCCAUUGGAAACUGCAUCCAAAAAAAGAGGGGAAUUGCUCUGGGCGAUCGCGAGUAAGAAGAAUUUUAUUAACUUGCAUUCAGCUGCUUUUGAUACAGUUUUUGGACGUAAUUUGGUCCAUGACUAAGAAUUUCGCAUUUUUCCAAAAACCUCUCGAUAAAUUUUUUUAUAAAUUCGACAAUCCCGAGAUCCAUCGUCAAGAAAUAUUCCCUGCAAGUUUCAAGAACAUUGAAAAUAGGGAAGGCUUUUAAAUAGGGCCUCAAAUAUAACCAAUUUUCCCCCCAGAUUUUGUGUUUACAAGUGAGCGUCCUCAUUAUUCACUGGCAUUGUUUUCAAGUUUCAUAUGCACGUGCACAACCAGCAAAAGAUAUAAAUUUGCAUAAUAAAGAACUCUCGAUUACUUUCCAAAGAAAUAUCAGGAAUAUGCUAAUAGUUGGCUUGUCGUCACAGAUAGCAGUGAGAGCCGAAACGGUGAAUGUCACGGCUCAUCGCGUAGGAUGGAAUACUUAAUUAUCUUACUCGGGUUAUAACAUCACAGAAACUAUCACAAAGAGUUGCUCUGAUGUUAUAAUGUAUCAUUAAUCUCUUUACCCGGUAAUUAGCAUAUCCCGAAGAUUUAACCGAGGGUCCUUUUUGAUGCAAAUUCUGUCUUUUUGCUAAAUGUGCACGUGUAUAUGAAACUUGAAAACAAUGCCAGUGAAUAAUGAAGACGCUCACUUGUAAACAUACGGUUGGUGUACAUUAUGUAGUCACAAUAGCAGCAUUCUCAUUAACGUACUAAUGUUUUGUUGGCAGGUUGUUGUAGAUGCUGUAUUAGCUAUUCAGGCACCAGACAAACCAAUUGAUCUUCACAUGGUAGAAAUAAUGGAGAUGAUGCACAAAUCUGGAACAGAUACAACGUAAGGAACUAUAAUGACACAUAACUCAAAUAAUAACUUAACAGGUCAUUUAAAAUGUCAAAACUAAUUGGCCUAAUGUGGGGUGAUAGCAAACACACCUUUAGAUCUAAUUAACCUGGUCUGGAAAAAAUUGACUUAGGUUGAAAUAAACUGAUCUAGGUUAAAAAUAGAUUGACCUAAGAAACAAAUUAACCUGCAAAAUAUACACUCCUCACGUUGUCACAAAAACUUGUCAUUUUGUUCGUGCAUUCAGUAAGGUUUUUCCUCUACAAAGCGAUGGUCCCCUAAAAGUGAUGAUAGGCACAUGUAUUUACCUUAGCAGUCAUGUACACAGUUACUAUGGUGAGUUAAGAAGUUUAAACCCUGGGUCAGAUGUCUUGUCACCAUGAAAAGUGCUUCACUUCCAGCUAAAUGUCCCUGAAUUGUUCACAACUGAACUUUAUCAAAAAAAGACACUGCUCCUUGUUAAUAAAACCUAUUUUUAUUCAUGUGCCAGUGUAUGAUUAUGCUGUAGGUCAAAAUGAAAUUGAGUUGAAAUUGGUUCCAAGGUUGAAACCAUUAUUUUUAACCUGAAUUUUAUUUUGACCUACAACAAUCAUUAUAGCAUGUAAGUACUAAUUGAGGACACUGUUUUACUUAUCCUACUGAUGCAGAAUUGCCAUUUCUAUGAUGGUCAUGCAAGCUAAGUGAAGGUCUAGCCAUUUGCUUGGAAAAGGCAGACCUUCUUCCUUAGUAAUGCUAAGUAUUUGAGUAUUUUUCCAACCUUGAUGAUCAAAACUACAACCUACCCUGCAGACUAUCCCCCUACCAAAAGAACUAAACCUGUGACAGUUAAGUAGGAAGAGCUGCUCCCAUAGUGUCUACAAUCAGCGACAAAAUGAGUUGAGACACUUCGCCCUAAACUGGGCUUUCUUACGUUUUACUGACUUCAAAAGGGGGAAAUAUAACUUUUCCUCCCCCAUCCCCUCCAUGCAAUGUUGUGCUGCUGUUCGAGCUACUUAUAGAAAACAACAAACAUCCUAACUUUGAAUGGAGGGGACAGAGGAGGAGUGUGGAUACUUUUGUUCUCUGAAGUUACCCUAUUUGAGGACAAUAUCUCAAUUGUUUUGUGGGCAGUUGUAGGUAUGAGGGAGUUAGUUCACAUUGUUUCUUAAGCAGAAAUUAGAAUGUAAGUAUGUAUACAUUUGUGAUCAGAUGCCUUGCAUUGUAUUAAAUACAUUCACUUGCUUGUCCAUAGUUUGGUUAAAGGACUUGUGAUGGACCAUGGAGCACGUCAUCCUGACAUGUCCAAGAAAGUCACAGAUGCUUACAUACUUACUUGUAAUGUGUCCAUGGAAUAUGAAAAGAGGUCAGUCAGUCAUAAUACAGUGGUAUCUCCAAAUACCUGCUGGUAUUGUUUCUAAGAAUGUUUGAUAGAAAAUAUCCAUAUUGACCUCAUGGAGUAUCAGUGAUUAUUGCUAGGGGGAGGGGAUCUUGAAAACCAAAAUUUAACAUAGGGUAAGUGGAAUUUUCACUGAGGGGCUCCAGCCAAUGAACCCUUGAUGGAAGGAGUUUAGAUAUGGAUAUGAAACACCCCAAUCUUUUGCAGGUAAAGUAAUAUCAGUACUGUGCCCAGUGUGAAGAAAAUGGCCUCAUUUGUAGACCUUCUUCGGGCUCAUCUUCCACUCCAGAUACAAACAAUGCUACAUAGAACUUCUCUUCCUUUUACCUGCAAAUAAGGCUAGUCUAUUAACAGCCUGUUUCCUUUCUUGCUUUGCAGUGAAGUAAAUUCUGGCUUUUACUACAAAAGUGCUGCCGAAAGGGAAAAGCUUGUCGCUGCUGAAAGAAAAUUUACAGAUGACAAAGUACAGAAAGUUAUUGACCUGAAAAGAAAGGUGAGAAAAGAAUGUCAAAUAUUUUGGUUGUUCAAGGUCUGGGCAUUUGAUCCAUUACUUGUUUUUGUUUGAAGAGACUGGUAAAUUGUCAUACUAACAAAAUUUUUAUUAAUUUACCAGGUUUGUGAAGGAACUGAUAAAGGAUUUGUAGUGAUAAACCAGAAGGUAAUUAGUACUUAUGUAGUUGUAAACAUUUAUUAGAACCUUACACUACAAGUGUGCCUCCUUCUUUAUGCUACAUGUACAAGAAUAUUGACAUAGGUAAUCCAGAAACCCAUAGAAUAAAUAUUUAGGUAAGCCUUGUCAUGACUACAUUUUAUGAGGAUCACUGAACUACCAGUAACACAUUGUCUUUAUUUUUUAGAAACAAGUCUUAGAUAGAUGACUUUUACAAGUCUUUGGUCCCAGAAUUCAACUAAAACUAAAGAAACGUAAAUGUUUUUGGUGCUUUUGAACCCUAUUAACUUUUCGGUAAUAUUUUCCCCACAGGGAAUUGAUCCUUUGUCACUGGACAUGCUGGCGAAGGAAGGUAUAGUUGGACUUCGUCGUGCAAAAAGAAGGAACAUGGAGCGACUGACUCUUGCUUGUGGUGGAAUUGCCAUGAAUUCCUUUGAUGAUCUGACACCUGAGUGCCUGGGCCAUGCUGGGCUGGUUUAUGAACAUGUAUUGGUGAGAAUUAUGUAAAAAGUACACCUGCCUCUGUCAUUUUAUACAGUUUUUUAUUUUAUGUCUGUCAUCUUCAGGAAAAAAUAAGUUUUCUUUUUCAGUAAAAAUAUUGCUUUUUUGUUACUGUAGGGAGAGAGUAAAUACACAUUUAUUGAAGAACUGAAAAAUCCUCUUUCGGUUACCAUCCUUAUCAAAGGUGAGUCAUAACUGUAACGUGCAUUUAUGAUAUUCUAUUUUAUUUAACCCAUUCGCUCCUGGAGAUUUUGCCGAAGAACGCAUUUUGAAGCUAGUCGAGUGGUCACUGUCGUGCUAUAAAGAGCUAAAACUUACCACAAACCGGUUUACAGGUCAUACACUUCGCGGCCUUCUGAUCCAGAUGCAAAAUAUCAGCUUGCGAAGUUCGGGCAUGCGCAUAAAGCAACAUUUCAAGAUAGUUUUUGGGUUUAAAAGUGACUCAGCAGUCUUGACUUUUAACUUUUCGCUUUCUCUCCUCCCUUCUUUUUUUGCUUUUCUUGCCUCAUUUUUUUGUCUCUUGCUGGGCAUUUAGUAGGCUUCAUUUUGGUGGGAAGAGUUCUUAGGAAAGCUUUUAGGAUCUUAGGAUUGGGUGAAAGGAAAGGUAGGAGAGCAAUGGAACAAGAUUUUCAUGGAGAUUUUCAGGUCAAUGUCACGUGGUUUUUUGCUUCUUUCUCCGGUGUCCUUGACUGAAUUGUGCUCAUUCUGGUACGGUUUGAAAGAUCUCUUCACUCUGCACAAGUUAGCGAAGAAAGUUGUCCUUGACCGUUAAAACUGAUGACGUCACAAAGGGUAGAAAGGACCUGGAUCCGCACGGGCGGUUACGGGCGGUUCAGGGGCGAAUGGGUUAAUUGAAUAAUUAUGCUUUGGUCACUUGUCAUUUUUCCAAUGGACCAGCAGUGCAUAAAAUGAGGGUGCAUCAACUCUUACACGGAAGAGCCCUUGGUGCUUGUGAACCCUCUUUCUAAUUAGCCCACAUAAACUCUUCCUUCGUAUAUACAUGUAGACUUCACUCUUCUUACCCCAUCCUAUCUUGCUUCCUCCUCACCCCAGACACUACACAUGUAUAUGUACUACUUCAAAUUUUUUUUCACCUGCAACUACAGCCAACUCUCGCUUUGCAGACACCCUGCUAUAACGGACACUUUGAUAAUAUGGCCAGCAGCUAAAUCCCAGGCUAAAAAUACAUUACAGAUGUUUGACUGAAAAAAACUCCAAUUAUUACAGACUCUCGCUAAUGAGGACACUAACUCAAGGUUCCUACAGUGUGCGCUAUAAAAGAAGUUGACUAUAUUUGUUUAGCUUUCCUCCUUUCCCUUUCUUGGCUGUGGUGACUGGGGGUUCUUGUGGAGCCAUCUCUAAUAUUUGAUUGGUCAAUGAAGUUGUUGCUGGAAGCCCCCCUAGAUUGUAGACCAUAAUGGAGGACCCCAGACAUACAUGUACUUCCUCUUUUUGCCAUAAGUAGCUGCUUCUCACCUCAGACUAACUUUGUAUCUCAGGUGACUCCCCCACCCCUUCCCUUCCCAAAUCAAAAUCCUACAUUUCAUCUUUUCAGCUGUAGGUACUUCAGUCCAUGGGAAAUGGGUGAUUUGUUUAAGUGUGGUAUUCCCUAUAGCUUAUGCUGUUUUUGCUGCAUUUCAGGCCCAAACAAACACACACUGACACAGAUAAAGGAUGCAGCACGUGAUGGCUUGAGAUCAGUAAAAAAUGCCAUUGAAGAUGGUAAGCAAUGAAAAAGACCCUAACACAUGCUUUGGCUUUGUACUUUUCGGAUUAAGGUCUCUGUAAAGGAAAACGAGGUGCCCACAGAAAAAAAUUAUAGUCGCGCGAGUAUUUUCGCUACAAAGGCAAGUUAUAUAUCAAAUUAAAGCUAAAAGACUAAAUUACCUUAUGAAAGAUUUUAUUUCAUCGAAUUUCAAAAGGCGCUUAAGUUUUUUGCUCUCGAACUCAGAGGUAUCGAGUUUACUGCUGAAGCUCCAACCCUUUCGCGUUGUUAAAUAUUCACUUCCUUUUUAUUGCAUCUGAUCGACAGAUAAAAGACCUAAAAAAGGGUGUGAGGAAAUUUGCAUAUGUCUCGUAUUAGCGGAAUUAUUGCAUUUCAAACUAAAAAGUCGAAUCUCGAGCGCAAUUUACGCAAAGAAACUGGCAUAAAAUGAGUUGCAAAGGGAAAUCGGAAAAUUCCUCACACCCUUUUUGAGUCUAUAUCAUUAUCCAUCAUAUCUGAAAGUUUCAAAGCGAUAGCUUAAAACCUGUCCCGACUGGAGGUCGGAGAAUUUUGAUUUUUGCGUCUAAAAUAGAGUGACAGAAAAUCAGCUCUAAAGAUUUAGCGCGAGGUCCACGCUUGGCUGGUUAGCUCAGAAAAGGCUCAUUUUAGAAGGGUUAAAAAGCACUUUCUGAUUUUCUUUUUCUUCCAAAAUAAAAUUUAGGACCCACUCAUGCCAAAAAUCCCAAAAAAACAAAAUCGAGCAAUGUACUAAAAUUUUCAUUUACCGAGACCUUAAGUAACUUCUUUCUAAUAAGUACUCCCUUUAAAGGUUGCUUUUCACUAGCAACAGAGUUAGCAUCAUGAGGAACACAGAGCGCAAUGAUGUUGUGAUGAUUUAGAGUUUCAAUUCCACUAACCAGGAUAAGACUCUUGCAAUCUGGUGAACAGAACAAAACCAACUGCAACCCCCUUGGAAUAAGCAUUGUGACUUGUUAAUGAGUGACAUACUAAAAAUAAACUUCUACUGAUCUUUAGCACCCUCUUAAGUGUGUUUAUUUUCAUACUACUGUUAUUAUGAAGUGUAAUGUACUUAAAAACUAGUUACUGUACAGUCUAUGUGGUAUUUCAUCAUUGCAACUGUUUAUUCUUGUUUUCCAGUUAUUUAUUUCUCCACCACAGCUUGGGGGAGAAACUAAAAUAUUUCUAUAAGUCUUGUGCUAUUCAUUGACUAAAACUAAUUGUGAAGGCUUCUCUUUGUGGAGGAGGUAACAUGUGACUUUCGUGGUAGCUACUAAAAAUAAUAACGAUUCACAUUCUGUCCUUUGCAGGAAGUGUUGUCCCAGGUGCAGGAGCAUUUGAGGUUGCAGUUAAUGCAGCUCUUACAGAGUUCAAAAAGACUGUUAAGGGGAGGGCACGGCUUGGCGUUCAGGUUUGUUAUCUGACCAUCCACUUGUGAAAAUACUUGUAAUGAAAAUUACAGAUUUUGCCAAAGGUGACUUUCAAACAUGUAAAUUCAAAUGAUAAUUUAGUUAAUCAACAAGUUUUUUCCCACAAGUUCUCACUGAUAACUUAACUUGCAUUUUUUUCAAAUGAGUCACUGCACCAAGGUUUUGCUUGUUUAAUUAAUGGUUUCCUUUGUUUUUGCAGGCCUAUGCAGAUGCACUUCUUGUUAUUCCAAAGAUUUUAGCGCAAAACUCGGGUUAUGAUCCACAAGAGACAAUUGUCAAGCUUCAGGUAAACAUGAUUUGAAGUGCUGAAACUACCUCGACCUAUGCUGUCUUUACUUCAGAAUAUUUUGAGUCAAGUCUUAUUUUAUUGGUAGUUAAAAAAAAGGACUUAAGGAUAUUUACAAUGACUGAUGUUAAAGCUUUCUUAUCACUCUGGGACGGUAAUAACCAAACUCGCUGAGCUCUUUAAUGUUGAAAAUGUCUUGUUUGUGUUAGUUAUAGAAAGACUUUUAGUUUGAAAGCUAUGAAAUGGAAUGAAAAAGAUAGCAAAAUGUCCUGUUCAUGUUCUGAGCCUGGAACUAAGGAGAAAUUGUGAUUCAAAUCUUGACACCUUAGAGUGCUAGCCUAAAAAAAUGUCCUUUCUGGUCACCAGGACAAGCAGAUUUUCCUAUCUGGCAAGUUAAGUUUUAUGCUUGUUUGCCUGAUCAGCAGAGGCCUAGAAAAGAAUUAUUCUAAUUAAAUUGUAAACUUAAACAAGGAAGAAAUGGCCCUGGGCAAGCCAAACUGGAGCAAAGCUUAUCCUAAGCUGAAAUUCAAUUUUUCUUUAAGCUUGGGUGGUUACUGGGCCCUCUAGCCACUGGGCUUCAAAGAAAUUUCACUUUCAGUGAACUAGGGUCAAUAAGUAAAGUUGAAAGUAUCCGAACUGUAGGUAGUAAAAUUGAUACAGAAAGUUGUUUCAUUUUUUACCUUGGAUAAGGAGUGAGAAAGACAUUAUAUAAUGCUUGUCACUUCAAGAGCAUGGGAUUACAAACAAAAUCAGAAUUUCCAACAUGGUUUGUAAUCUGUAACACUAAAAUAUUCACCAUCUUUUUUACAUCUAUUGUCUAUGGUUACAAUGUAUCCAUUACCGUUAAAAUAAUUUUAUUGUUGUGCAUUCGAGAAGAAAAGAGCUAAGCUUGCUUUAAUUCUCAACAGCACACUUUAGCUCAGUAUGAUGAGAACCUGGCUGGUACUAGGGAUGUCAGGCACAAUCACACUAGGCAUCUAUUGAAGUUUUUCUUUGUCAGAGCUAUUGAUGUACUGAACAUCUCACUCUUUCAGCAAUGUACUUUGAUCUAAAAGUUUGUUGCGUCCUCUGUUUUAUCCUCCUUGUGGAAUUAACUAAGAAGAGUUGAUUUUUCUGGAUUGCAGGAGGAGUAUGCUGAUGCAAAGACACCAGUAGGUAUUGAUCUUGCUAGCGGGGAGGCAUUAGUACCAGCUGAUGCAGGUAUCUGGGAUAACUACAGAGUUAAAAGACAACUGCUUCAUUCAUGGUUAGUAUGAAACUCACUUUUAAUUCAAGAUCAAUGAUCAUAACUUAAACAGAAUUCUUUGAUCUAGUUAGCUUUUGAAUGACUCAUUUAGUAUUUUACUUGUGUCACUAACAUUAAGUUUAGUUUUGAACUGAGAGCGUCUAAUGGGUUGCAUGGUUGUUCAGCUAUAAUUCAUGGCCAAACAAAACUCACAGGCACUAUGAGGAAUUUUUCUAUUUCUGACAGUGUCUUGUAAGGACUCAGGUACUGCUUCAAGCGAAAACAAAAACAGGGUAACUCCAGCAAGCUUAGAGCAAACACAAUCAAACACACAGUCUCUUAUGCAAUUUGCACGUGCAUCCUUGCUCAUUACCAGGCUGUACUCACACUACAGUUUCCUUGAAAAUGUGUUUGUUAAAAGAAAGUUUAAAAGAACAGCUAAUAUAAAACCCUCACAAGCUCUGAAACUAUUGAUUGGAAAGGUUAUAGUUUGUUUUUUGCACAUCUGUUAUGAAGAAGUCUCUUUAGUGUCUACUUUCAUGAUUUAUCAAGUUCCAAUAAAAUAUGGCCCUAAGGUUUCAGAACCUUCAUGUUGCUAAUAUUUACUGGUACUUGGAUUUUCUCUGGUUACAUUUCAGUACUGUUAUUGCGAGCAACCUUCUACUAGUUGAUGAAAUUAUGAGAGCAGGAAUGUCUUCUUUGAAAGGAUAGAAUAACAAAAGUUUACUUCUUGAGGUAUGGAUGACAUUGACAAUUCAUUACUAAUUAAUGAUACAUUUGGUACCCUAAUAUCGCACUGUUAAGGGUGUAAAAACUAAAAAUUGGCAGACCCAUCAUUUGUUUUAUGCCCAUUCAAAUUCUGCUAUUUGUAGUGAUGGUUACUCUAAUUUUGGGGAAAGGUAAGUCAUGUGACCCUGAGUUGCAACAGACCUAUUAUGUACAUUGAAACCUCACUCUGAGUGUAGCACUAAGUUUGAAGAACAGUAUAAUUGUUUGUCAAUUGUGUGGCAUACAAAAUAAAUAUUAGGCUUUUUUGCAGUUAGUUUGGCAGUUGUAGAGUACCUUUAUACUUGUGUAUUUUUUUUUCUUGAUUUUCUGGGGAAGAACUUGUUAAAAAUUUUAACCUCAUCCAGUCCUUUUGAAAAAGGGUCUCAAUCCUCAAAUUUUAGCCUAUCAAAUUUUUAAUCUCAUGAUUAGGUUUUUCAGUGUAGGAUUUUAUGGCUUAUUGGCUGUCUUUACACUAGGCUGUUAAGUAAGACUUAAGAGCUGCUAAGUUUUACUUAACCAAAAAUUUCGUGUGUGAAGGCCUUAGUAAAAUCUCAAGUAACUUUACUUUGCAUCUCAUUAAAGUCGGAAAGUUGAAACGAUUCAAGAAAGUUUCAAGCAACUUGAAAACCAUCCUUAAUAUUGACUUAACUGACUUGCGGUUUGUUGAGGUUUGAGAAAGGCGAAACAUUAAUUAUGUUGCGUGGGAAAAUAGCCUUAAGCUAACCUGAAGUAAAAAAGAAUUGGUUGUGUGUGAAGCUUUAUUUUACUUGAUGUAGUUAAAAUUUACUUGUCUUGAAAUAUUUCUUAGCUUAUUUAGGCUCUAGUGUAAAGACUACCAUUAUUUUGAUUUUAGCAAGCAUAUGGCCUUCAUCUGAGGUCCCCUUUUAUCUGUUAUAAUCUAUUGCAGAGUGGUUCCUCCAAGAUGUAGCCAUGUGUGUUAAACUGAUCUUUACCCCACUGUCAAGAUGUUAGCGUCACCUUCAUCAAGUAGAUAAGCUGGUCAUGUAUUCAAGUUGAAAGGAACAGAGGAAAUUUUCGAAAAAAUUCUACAUUGUUGUUGAAAUAUAGUUACAUCACAAUUAUUUGGUUUAUUUUCUAAACCACUAAAGUGAUUAGCAGCUAAUUUCUUCUUAAAGCUUUCAAAUAUGUUUAAUACUCACAAUGUUGCAAUUCAAAACUGUGCUCAGUCCAUAUGAUCUGUGAGCUUAAGUUUAAGUUGAUUUGUGGAACUUCCAUUUUGGGUUAUGGGGGUUGAAUUAUAGAGGCUAUAUUUGGCUCUUCCUUCUUAUUUUUAGUUUAUGAGGCUUGGGUUAAAGUGGCUUUUUUGGCUCUUUCCUUCCCCAAUCCCACCCCCAGAGUACUUUAUUCCCCUUCUGAUCCAUGAUCUCACUCACUGUAUUUAAGAUCACAGUUCCAGAAUCAACCUUUGGCCCAUCAUUAAUUCUCUCCUUUUCUCUGCAGAAGGGGUCACCCAGUGAAAGGGGUGGGAUGCCCACUGGGACUCUGAGAGCCUAUAUCGUAAUUUUGUUGUGACUAUCAAACCUUACUUGUGAUGUGUGAGUGACAAUUAGGCUCUGCAUAUCCAUGCAGGAGUCAGUACGCUUGCAUUUAAGUGUUUUCACCACCCGUUUUGAAAAUGACACUUUUCUUUUAAAUAGCUGAUCAUGUUAGCUUACCUACUUAGCUUUCCAGAAAGGAACAAUCUUGCUGUGAUGUGACUGCCAGGAAGAUGGAAUCAAACCAAAGCUCAUCCCUAAUGACUCUAUUAGUACUUUACCCAUGGGUGCACUUGAAUAAAAUAUUCUCGGUUCAUUUCUCUGUUAUGUAUUUGAGUAUAUACAGCAUCAUUCGAAGGAAUUAUGUUUACUGAAAGCUAAAGUUUGAGUUUACUUUACUCAACUGAUAAAACACAAUUUUUGGUUUGGUAAAGAGCCCAUCAGGGCAACUUGACUAUCCCCUACAGUUGCAUUUUAUGAUCUAAACCUUUUCUCAUGAUUAUGUAUUGAGACUGUAAUUUUGUUAGAAGAAAAUUGAGAUUGGUCAUUGUUGGUACUUAAAAGUCUAAUAUUUAAACUGAGCAAAACACAUUAUUUAUAUAUGUUCUGGAAAAAACUUUGAGUAGCAGUGUGAGGUCUUGACCUCCGGUUUUCACUGCAUUUUUUAGAUGGCCAUAUGGGGUUCAUUCAAGGGUAGUGAUUCCUUUUAAGUAUUUCUCCCUUUUCUGAGUAACAUGUAUUCAAGGGAGGGUCAUUUUCCACAUGACCUCCCUUUCGUUACUGUCAUGUUGUUUAUCCCAUGUUACAUAAUAGGUGGAGGAUAGAUUGAUUGGCUUGGCCGUUUUUCUUAAUACCUGCUUAAUUUAAGAUGGAACACACUGCUGGGAACUAUCGAGGAAAGCUUAAGUGGGCGAUGCCUACAAGUUAAUAUCUCGGCCAAGUGAUGUGAUCAUAGCUAGCCGAGUCUAGAGACCUGUGAGUAUGUGAAUUGAAAGUGACAUGGUUCUGGACAGGCUGAGAAAAACGUAAUGUAAUAAUUUUUAACUCCUUGCACCACCUAAGGAUGGAACACACCACUGGGAAAUAUUUGCUUUUCUUUGGGUUCUUUUAGGCCCCAUUCAAAUUGAUGUGGAAGGAUGAAGGGGGAUGGUACCCACAGGCCAAUGAUGCAAUAACCGCUAGAAUUAUAAUCAGCAGAUCUCCACGGUACUAAUAAAC